AUGCAGUCUCCACGAUUUAAGCGAGGAAACCGUACCCCUCAGCGGAAUCCUGAUGGGUUCACCAGGAGACAGAUGCCACCAAGCUCCCCAAACCGAGAUGGCUUUGAUUCUGACAAGGAGAAUUGUUGUGGUGAUGCUGAUGAUGACCUGUUUGUAAAGAAUCGAGCCCUCUCCCUGACUUUGAAGUCACAGCAGCUGGGACUGAACUCGAGCCCACGACGGCCCUCCACAGACUGGGGUCUGUCUCCCAGCAAGUUUCCAAUCAAGGCUCUGGACAAGGCCUGCCGAUCUACUUCCUUCUCGGACUGGUUAUCACGGGAUGCGAAGAAAGAGAGCAUCGCCAGCAAAAGUCCUGAGGUUGAUUCAGUCAAGCGAUGGAACUGUGACGUUAAGACCACAAUUGGGUCCAUCUCACACGACUUGUCGCCUAAGGUCCGCUCACCAGCCAAGCUGCAGCAGGAUUUACGUGAAGUGGAAUGGGAAGACAUUCCCACGAACACCGACCAGGAUCCGUUCAAGCUGAAUGGUGUGCAUGACCAGCAUUUUGACUCAUUGGCACAAGAGAGGCACCGCAGGGUUUGUAGGCUGAGCCAUCACAGCGGCGGAGGGUCGGUGCAAGCCGGGCGCUCGAGCAGCUACGGCGGAGGGGGGGCUAUGUCCGGGCUAAGCGCGGGGGGCAUGGGGGGGGAGGCUCGGCGCGUGCGCACGCGCAUGCCGCUGGAAAACCAUGCGCCCGUGGCGCCUUCGGAGGGGGGGGUGGCUAUUUUGCGCGGGUCUCUGAACACGGACCUCUCGUCUCUAUCCGCCGCGUCAGCGCUGCUGCCCUACACGCGCGAUUUCAUCUUUCCGGGGGAGCUGCUGCAGGUCGUCGUUCACAGGACCCCUAUCGAUCCCUUCACCCACCCCUCCUUCUCCGAACCUCCGCUUGCUGAGCUUCCCGGCGAGGCUCGGGACAGCAACGGGCAGCAGCCGUACCACCAGUCCAUACCGUCCGGAGGCUCGGGAGCGGCGAUAGGCGUGAGCGGAAGCGGUGGGGGGACGUGGGGGGAGGAUGCGCGGCGGGGGGUGGGGCUGCGCGCGGGGAAGGGGCGGAUUGGGCGGUCGGGAUUAGGGGGAGACUCCGAGAGCCCAGCCAAGGGAGGGGCAGGUCUUGAGUCCGAUCGUGGGAUGGAGGGAGGUGGGGAAGGAGAGGAAGGCGAGGGAUCCGCUGUGGUAGCUGCAGAUGGGUUGAGUGCGGUAGGGGCGUUGAGCGGCGGAGGGAGGGUGAGCGUGGGAGGGAGGGAGGAUGGGGAGGUGCGGCAGCAGAGGACGAACGAGCUGCUGGAGAUAGCACGGCGGUCGCUGUACGAUGUGCACUUGAGCGAGCCCAUCCCAGCCGCUUCAAGGCCACCUAACCAGCAGCAGCAGCAGCAGCAGGCGGGGAGGGAAGCAGCGCAGUCCCCAAGUGCGUAUGGGGUGAUGCCGGUGCCAGCGGACAUUGCAGGAUACGACCCCGCCACAGCAGCAGGGCUGGGCAGGCGUGUUGUCUCCACCAGCUCCCUACCCAAUGGGGACGUCGUGGUGCUGCUGGAAGUGGCGGUGUCCACCACAGCCCUCAUCCCAGACGCCACUCUUGAGAUCCGCCAGUUCGAGCGCUUCCCCAUGCCCUUCGGACCCCCCUCCGCCCCUCCACCCGCCCCUGCUCUUGCUGCUGCUGAUGGCACUGCUGCUGCUGCUGGUGAUGGUUCUGACGCUGCUGCUGCUGCUUCUGCCGAUGGUGGUUCUGCUCCUGGGUCGGAACACCACGAGAAAACCCUCUCUCCCAUGCCUGCUGCUGCUGCCGGCGGCCGUGGUGUAGCAACAGCAGGAGCAGCAGCAGCAGCAGGAGGAGGAGGAGGAGGAGGAGGAGGAGGAGGAGGAGGAGGAGGAGGAGGAGGAGGAGGAGGAGGAGGAGGAGGAGGAGGAGGAGGAGGAGGAGGAGGAGGAGGAGGAGCAGCAGCAGCAGCAGCAGCAGCAGGAGCAGUAUCAGGGUCCUUGGAAGAAUCCCAAGAUCUGCUCUUCUGGCUCUUCCCCUUGGAGCGCCUUCCUCCCAACUCCACCACUCCGUCCCCUGCUGCCGCAGCCAGACCUGCCAUUCCUCUCCCUGCCGUCGCCACCUCUGGUUGGGGUACCCCAUCCGCUUUCAAUUUCGCCUCUGCCGCUCCCCCUACCCCCUCGGUCGCCCCUAGCACGCCAGUUGGCUUCUCUCUCUCCCUCCCGCGCGUUUCCGCCUCCUCCUCCUCCUCCUCCGGCCUAGCAGCAGUCAGCACUGCUGCCACAACAGGGAAUUCCCCGUCCAAUUCCCCCAAGAAACGCACCUCCUCAACGUUCCGAGACGAUGCAGGGGGAGCCGGGGGCGUGGGAGGGGGGACGGUUUUAGGCGGGUUGGCAUGGGGGACGCAUGAGACGGGCGCGGUGGGGUGGGAGGGGCUGUUAUCGUUCCGAGGGGUGCCUCUAGAGCCGCAGAGAUUCAGUGGGAAUUGUGGGCGGCUGGGGCCGUUUGUGCCGGGGCGGAAGUGGGUGCAGGGCGUACGGGUGCUGCAGCCGCUGUGUGUGGAGAGCUAUACGGCGGAAUGCGGGCAUGAGGAUGUGAUUUGCGUUAUGGUGGAGAACAUAUUGCCACGCGAGGGAGCAACAGCGGGCGUGAUCCUCUACGUGGACAGCAUAAGUCUGGAGGCGCGCUCCUCGGUCUCCAUGUCGCUGCAGCAGUCCCUCCCCGUGCACGUCGCCCGCCUCGAGAGUGGUUCCAGCAAGGAGGCCCUCCCAGGCCUGCCCCUGCGGCCCGGCGAGCAGCAUUCUUUCAUCAUCACUCCACAGUGCUCCGGCAACGCACAGAUCGUCAAGGCCCCUUCCGGAGCAAACAAGGACGCAGGCGGGCGGGGCAGACGACCAGGCGGAGGAGGAGCAGGAGGGGGAGGAGGAGGGAGUGCCAAAGGGGGCCCACUGUCGGGAGGAGGGAACGAGGGCUCGAGCAACUCGCUUGCGGCAGCGUUCUCGUUCGGACGGUUGACGGAGAAGGCAGCGGUUUUGGAGGAGGAGUCGGAGGGGGAGGACAUGCCGACUGUGCGGGUGCGAGUGACCAACCUCACAGCCGCAGACCUCAACCUCACGCUCCUCGCGCCCACCACUCUCGCUGCCACCUCGCUCUCCCGCGUCUGCUUCCCCACCUCCCCGCGCCACUCCUCCAAUCUCCUCACUGCCGAUCCCACCACUGACCCUUCGCUGCUGGACCAGCCGCAGCAGGGGCAGGGGCAGGGCGGGGAGGAGGGGAGUGAGGACGACGAGGGGCUUUCUCCUCCCAUGUCGCCGCUACGAGUGUUCAAGUCUUCUUCUCUUGCUGCCACUCUGGAUCCCCCUGACGGCUCCAGAUCGCUCCUUCUCCCCGAUUUCCUCCGAAACCGCUCCCUCCACCCGAAGCCGCUCCCCUCGCUCACCUCCGACUCCUCAGCCACCAAGCCCCAGGGCAUCAGCAGCAGCGGCAGCAUAGGCGAGGCUGCUCAGAACCUGCCGCUUCACCUCCCUACGCCUCCCUUCUCUUUUCACCCGCCUUCUCCUCCCUUCUCCUCUCUCCACCUCCCUUCUCCUCUCUCCACCUCCCUUCUCCUCUCUCCACCUCCCUUCUCCUCUCUCCACCUCCCUUAUCCUCCCUCCACCUCCCUUCUCCUCCCUUCUCCUUCGUUCGCCUCCCUUUGCCUCCCUUCGCCCUCCUUCACAACCUCACGUCCUUUCAUCCCCUCUCUUUGUGCGCGUUCCACCUCCUGUGCCGCCGCCAGCAAGGUGCCGGCACUGGGCACAUUGGGGCUGCGCUGUGAGCUCGCCCUGAGCCCCCUCAAUGCUCAACCUCUCUCCUCUCUGCUCUCCCCUUCGGCCCCCUGUGCCGCCGCCAGCAAGGUGCCGGCUCUGGGCACAUGGCUCAAGGUGCCGGCGCUGGGCACAUCGGAGGUGCGCUGUGAGCUGGUGCCACUGGUGGAUGGACUCAUCAACCUCGACACACUGCACAUCACCACCAAGCGACGAGACACGCUGUUCUUUCCAGAGCAUCCACUCAAGAUCUACUGCCCUCCUGGCUUCUCUGCCAAUAACUCGGAGGAAUUUGGUGCGCAGGGAGUGGGGAAGACUACCCUGAUCAUACGCGUUAUGGAGCGAGUGAAAGAAGCCGUUCCUUCUCUUGUCCUCCGAGGGUUCACUACAGAGGAAGUGCGUAGAGACGGUGAGCGCAUUGGCUUCGACAUAGUCACAAUGGAGGGCGCCCGAGUGGCCCUCGCCCGCGUUCUCCCAUCAGACUUCUCUUCUCCUCUCCAUACCAGCACGGCAGCUGAAGAGGACAGGAGCAGCAGUAGCAGUCCACGUGGCACGUUGUGGGUGGUGGAUGAGAUUGGGAAGAUGGAGCUGCUAUCCACCCGCUUUGCUGCUGCCGUCACUGCCCUGCUGGAUGCGCCCUUGCCUCUCCUCACCUGCAUCCCUGUGCCCACGCACGGGAAAGACUUGCCUCAAGGUAGCAUUCAAUUGGCUGCUAUCCGCGCCCGUCCGGAUGUUGCUAUAGUGGAAGUGUCGCGCAGCAACAGGGACCGCUUGGUGCCAUUGCUCACCGACCAACUGCUUGCUCUCAUCCGCUCUGGAGGUAGAAGAAACCCCUAA